GCGCUUCUUCGCAGCCUUCAGCUCAAUGACAGCAGCAGCACAGGAAACCAGGAACAGCGCUGACGAAUGUGUUGUUGUUUUGAGCCACAGCAGAGUGCAUGGGUUGCUUUAGAAGGAUGUUGCAAUCUGUUUGUCACCACUGACUUCUGCACUGUGAGACUGACAAUAGGGUGACUGUAGAUCUGUGUGAGCAGCCGUCAUGUCUGCAGCCGGUCCGCCGCAGUCUCCUAGUGUGGAUAAGACUGAAGUGCUGGUCGAGGACUGGUGUCCCGUGCUGGCUGCAACCUUCGCUUACUGGGACAACAUCCUGGGACCUCGUGUACAGCACAUCUGGGCCCCCAAAGGUCAGGGGUUGUCGCUGCUGAGUGAUGGCGAGGUCACAUUUCUGGCCAAUCACACGCUGAACGGCGAGAUCUUGCGAAGUGCUGAGAGUGGCGCAGUGGACGUGAAGUUCUUCGUCCUGGCGGAAAAGGGAGUCAUCAUAGUCUCGCUGAUUUUCGACGGAGAACUCAAGGGUGAUAAGAACACCUGCGCGCUGUCAAUCAUCCUGCCGCAGUCAGAGCUAAGCUUUUACCUGCCACUGCACAGCGUGUGUGUGGAGAGACUCAAGCACAUCAUCCGCAAGGGACGCAUCUGCAUGCAGAAGGGUUACAACAUAAUCUCGGUGUUAUCAUCUGAGAUUGUUCCCAUAAUGGAGCUCCUUACCUCCAUGAAGAAACACAGUGUACCUGAGGAAGUGGAUUUAAAGGACACUGUGCUCAAUGAUGAUGAUAUCGGAGACAGCUGUCACGAAGACUUUUUACACAAGGCUAUCAGCUCUCAUCUUCAGACGUGCGGCUGCUCCAUGGUGGUUGGCAGCAAUCCUGACAAAGUCAAUAAGAUCGUGCUCACGCUAUGCCUCUUCCUCACUCCAGCGGAGAGAAAGUGCUCUCGACUGUGUCACCCCGAAGGCUCGUUUAAAUAUGACACUGGCCUCUUUGUUCAAGGCCUCCUUAAGGACUCCACAGGCAGCUUUGUGUUGCCUUAUCGGCAGGUGCUUUACUCCCCAUACCCCACCACCCACAUCGAUGUGGACAUUAACACGGUCAAGCAGAUGCCACCCUGCCACGAGCACACGUACCAUCAGCGGCGCUACAUGCGAGCUGAGCUCAGUGCCCUCUGGAAGGCCGCCAGCGAGGAUGACAUCAGUUCUGACAACCUCCUCAAUGCCCAGGACUCCUACACUCCAGACUUGAAUAUAUUUCAGGACGUCAUGCACAAAGACACACUUGUGAAGUCCUUCAUUGAUGAGGUGUUUCUGUUGAAACCAGGUCUGUCUCUGCGGAGUGUGUAUUUGUCCCACUUCCUUCUCCUGCUGCACAGGAAGUCCCUGACACUGCUCAGAUAUAUUGAGGAUGAGACGCAGAAGGGCAAAAAACCUUUCAGAUCUCUACGCAACCUGAAAACGGAUUUGGACUUAAUGAUGGAGGGUGACUUGAAUAUCAUCAUGGCGAUGGCGGAGAAGCUGCGGGCAGGCCUUCACUCCUUUGUUUUUGGAAAGUCUUUCCUUACCAGUGUGCAGGAGCGUGACCUCCUCAUUAACUUCUGACCUCCGAACCCUGUGGUCAUUAUGCUACGGGACACUUUGGGCACUCUUUAUGUUUUCUCGGUAUACUUAUGUGUGUUUUUUGUUUACAGGCUUCUGAACAACACCUGCUGCUGAAAUGUCAACUGAUUCACUUGUGCUUUAAAAUAAUGAUAACCUGAUUAAUAAUGCUGAUAAAUUUAUUGUUGUGUGAAGAAGAUUAGGUGCUCGUGAGAUUCUUGAAUGGCAUUUGUGCAAACAAUGUUUGGAUUUCACUCUUAAUGGCUUUUUGGUGUAUGGCUAACCAACAUAACAUAUGUACUGUACAUUAAUUCAAUAGCACGAUAAAUUGGCAAUUUGUAACAUUGUAAGGCCAUUUAAUCUUACUCUCGAUUAAUAUAUAAUAGACAUGACUUUCCUCUAAUGUCAAGUGGAUAUGGUUAAAUUAAAGUAAGUUUUACUCUGUAAUAACAUUCCCUGGCCUUUUUCUCUUUGAUGGUCUGUGGACUUUUGCAGAAGCCUAUUUACUGGGAGACAUUUAUAUGUGCCUUUUCUUGACUCUAACAAACUAAACUAAGGGUUAAUUAAAUGGCUCAUACUUUUGCAUCUGGCUUCGGGCAUGAAUAUUGGAAAGCUGGUGAGAAUGUGUAAAAAAAGGGCAACUUGACUCAUAAGGCCAGAUCUCUGGUGUAAAAUGUGCAAGGAAGUCAGCAAAUAACAGGAAGGGCCCCAAAGACAUCUUGCUUUCAUUUUGAAAUGUUCUUCACAAAAUAUUACUUCACUGCUAUGUAGGUUAUAUCAAUUAGAUAUCACAUAAAUGGUCAAAUCCUAAUGUUUUUUCAAGACAUAAAUGGUUCUGAAUAUUUUUAACUAUUUAUGAAAUCAUAAUAAGAAGUUUAUUUUAGACUGUGAUGUACUUUGAAAUAAUUCAAGUUGUAAAUGUGUUGUCUUAAUAAAGUGUGCCUUUUGUUUGUGAAA